CAACAACACAAUCCCGACUCACAGUUACUACCUACUAUUUUGUUGACAAGGAGAAGUCAUCUCUCAAUAUGUCGCUGCAAGGACUUAAUGUGCUCAUUACUGGAGCUUCGAUGGGCAUUGGCGAGGCGAUGGCCAAUUCAGUAGCCGAACAGGGUGCCAAUUUGAUUCUGUUUGCACGGUCGGAAGACAAACUCCAAGCCCUCGCGAGCAGGAUCCAAGAACACCACCCAGGUGUCAAAAUCAUCAGCAAAGCAGUCGACAUCCAAUCUUACGAAGCAGUCGAGUCCGCGGUGAAAUCCAGUACCCAGGAGCUCAAUCAGAUCGACAUUCUCAUCAACAAUGCCGGCCUCGCCCUCGGCGCGCCCGCGCCCUUCCACGAGCUCAAAAUCGCCGACAUCCUCACCAUGAACCACACCAACAUCAACGGCUGGAUGUUCGUCACGCACGCCGUGCUGAACGCCUCCAUGAUCCCCCGCAAAGCCGGCACGAUCCUCAACAUCACCUCUGUCACGGGGCUGGAGGUCCCGCCCUUCUCCGGGGAGUGCGUCUACCACACCAACAAGGCCGCGCAGGAGGGGUUCACGAACGCGCUCCGCAAUGAACUGAGUGGCACGAACAUCCGGGUGCUGGCGCUGCGGCCGGGGUGUGUGGCCACGAAUUUCCACUCGCUGCGCGUGGGGCAUGAUAAGGAGAUGUACGAUCGGUUUUUCGAGGGGUAUCAGCCUCUGGUGUCGGAGGAUAUUGCACGCGCAGCGGUGUUCAUGUUGCAGCAGCCGGUGCAUGCGUCGGUUAAGGCGCUGGAUAUUGUUCCGUCGGCUCAACGGUCGCUGAAUGUGUUUGACCGGGAGUGGAAUCAAAGGAAUGCUUGAUUCGGUAUGGGCAAGCCAUUAUCUAUACGGUCAGACGACCAGAAUGAUCGAGCUCAAGCAAGCGGUAAAGAUGGCGAGAACGUGCAGCGCGUGGGAGGCAAACGAAGCUACACCAGACUUCUUUCGCGUGCAAC